AUGUGGAUGGAAACCAAAACAGAGAUGGAGAGCAGCAGGAGUCGUACCAGCUGCAGCCGACUUGUGUUGGACGGGCUGAUGUUGUGCACCGGAGACAUGGAGCACUUGGAUAAGUACAUGCAGGACAAGUUGUUUGUGAUGCAGCUGCUCGUGUGGGGACUGAGAGGGGUGAGCAGGGUGAUUCUGGCCAACAGCCCAUUGAGCGGUGCUCUCAUCCUGGCCACGCUGUGUUGGGCGUCCCCCUGGCAGUGCCUGCUGGGAGUUCUGGGUGUCCUGGUCUCGACGCUUACAGCUGUCAUCACUGGACAGGACAGCGCGGAUGUUGCAGGAGGCCUUCAUGGGUUUAACGGCAUGUUGGUGUCCCUGCUGAUGGGGGUGUACAGCUCAGCUGGAGACUGGUACUGGUGGUUACUGCUCCCGGCCUGUUUGGGCUCUGCUACAUGUGUUUUUCUGUCCAGCGGACUCACCACAUUUCUGGACCACUGGGACUUGCCGGCUUCUGUGUUUCCCUUUAACAUCAUCAUCGUCCUGUAUCUCCUUUGUACUGGAGCGGACAACACUUAUUUCCCACACCAUCCAACCGUACCUCCAGGAGCAUUAGACCACAACGACACAAAUCUUGUUGCAGCACAGGUGAUUUGUGGCAUCCCUCUUGGUGUGGGUCAGAUCUAUGCCUGUGGAACCCUUGGACCCUCCCUCCUCAUCCUGGGGGCUGUGGUGUUGUACUCCCCACUGCUGGCCGUCCACGCUGUCCUGGGAUCUGCCGUCGGAACAUUAGCUGGUCAGUCUCAAUCUUUGUGUGCAAUGUCCUUAUGUGUCAGGUCUUGUGAAAGAUCCCAGAACUGGGGCGACAAGCUGAGAGCAAAGCGACAGGAGCAGAAAGGAGAAGAAAGAAAGGAGCGUUCUUCCCUCUCCUCUCCCGGCUCGGUGCAGCUAAUGAUCCUGAAUGGUCCAUUCAGGGCUCCCUCGCCUCAGAACACGUCUCCCUCCCCGUCCACGCUGUUUGGUGACCUCAACGAGGAGCCUGUCGUCCUCGCUCAACUCUCUUCAGUGGCGUGA